CGUCUUCGUUGCUACAUAACACCUGUCAGUAAACAACAUGGCGGCAGACACGGUGACUGCAACAGAAAUGGAACGAUCAGAAACCAAAGAUAUUGAAGUAAAAAUGGAAGAGAGUGCUAAAUGUGAAAAUGAAGACAAAGUGAAAGAUAUCAGUCAACAGUUGCAGAGAACUCUCGAUUUAGGUGUCAACGACGCAAUCGGCGAAACCAUUCCAGACCUUGAACUUGAAGGAGACGUGACUUAUGUGGAACCAGUUCCAGAUCCUUACAACAAAGCCAUUAAAUACCUGGAGAAACAUAACAUUCUUCAGCUUUUCCAGACUCUGACGACAAAUAUUGUAUACAAGCGUCCAGAACAUCCAGUUGACUUUAUGAUUGAUGAAAUAGAAGAGCUGAAGAGGUCGAUUGAUCCUCCAAAAGAAAAAGCAGCUGGAGCCUCAUGAUACGGCAUCAUAUAAUUUGUAUUUGUGAACUUUUCCUGAGUUACACUUAUCAAGGGUUUUGGAAAUAUAUUGGAACAAUAAUACUCAGUUUGCAAACAAUCAAAUUCACACAUGAUUAUUUUAAGACCACGAGUAUAUAUCAUGAGGUAUACCCAAUUUGUCUACAGCUCAUUUCAGACUAGUUUAUGUAACAUUAUACCAAUAUAUUAAGAGGGAAGAAUGGUCCCUUUCCUGAUUUUCUCUUCUCUGGGACAUAUGGUUGUAUUGAACUCAACAGCAGUAGACACAGAGUUAAAUUCAGUUGGUUGAUUUCAAAUGAUCACCAUGGCCAAGGGCCCAUCUCAACACAUAAAGUUGAAGGUUGUGUGACCAACACAGGUGACGUGGUACUGCGACUUAAUUCUUUUUAUAACAUUAGUGAUUAUGGGGCAAAGACUGCUAGUCAUAAAAAUUAUGAGCAAUGUCAAACUCAGAAUAAUUUUGUCUUUGGUUUAAUCUGUUGUUCUGCGUGAAGAUGCAUCAUACUUCACAGGUUUGUGUUUUAGUGGAGUGUGUAAAUGUAUUGUAUGCAAAUUACUUGUAUUGUGUAUGCACAAUCAAAUGCUGCAUUUUGAAAAUGUUUUUGCAUUUAGUAUGUGAUAUAAUUUGUAUAUAAUUAGUGUUUAAUGGAAAUUAUGCUGAAUGAUGCAAGAAAUGUUUGCCAUGUUGUUUACUUUUCUCUGUGCAUAGCUAUGUUUUGUACAAAAUAACAUUAAACCACAGAAGCAUAUGUUGCUGUUAGUGAAUUUCUCUGAAUGAUAUUCAUGUAUUAACCUGAGUAACUGUACAUGUUGUUGCAAUGUGUUAUGAUAAAGGAAAUGAAUGAC